UCACAUAAACUACUGAGUUGCUGUGGCACUCUUCAAAUUUAGAAACGCUGCAUUCACACAACUAUUAGCCACAUCAAGGGCAAUUUAAUUCGCUGAAGGAAAUAUAUUUAGGGGAGAAGUAGAAAACAGAUGUGCAUUCGCUCAUCUCCAAGCGCAUCCCCACGUCAAUACCAUUCUUGUCCAGCAAACGGUAUUCCGGGUGGCGACUGAGGUGCCUCGAUGCUGCUCAAUAGUCAUAACCCGACAAUAUUUACAAAGACUUCGGGAAAUUUGUAUUGAUCUGAGUAUGGCAUGGCCUUCCCGGGAACUAGGGACCACUAAGCUAUGAAGCUCUUCCCUUCCAGACCUUCCCUGCUCUCCUUCUCCAGUUACUGUCACUUCAUGAGCCUUACCCACGGCUGCUCUCACAACCAUCAUCUCUGCCCAGCCUAGUACUAACAGAGUGGCUCAGACUCACUUCAACACAAAGAAGAAAAAAAAGAGAGCGCGAGAGAAGAGAAGAAAACCCUCCGCAGCUGCCAUCCAGACACACAUGGUGCAUAGCUGUCAUUCCCCAGGCUCCCUCCAUCCCCGCGGCCUGACCUCUAGCUAGCUCCUCGCACCCAUCACACAGCCUAGUUCACGGCCUGCCCAAGGGAUAUAAAUAGGCUACAUCAAUCCAGUGUUUGGAGCCUGCUCUUGUGUUGCCUUUUUUUUCCAGGGCACACACGCCCGGUGGGGGUCACACCCAUUUGUAUUCGGCCUUCACACUGCCUGGAUCAGUGGAAGCUAGUGGUGGGACCGAAGAGGGAGAGACGAGGCCGAGACCAUGGAGGUCAAUAUGGAGUACUGUCUGGCCCAGGUGGUGCAGAAAGACCUGGGGAGGAAGGUGCAGGUGGGACAGGAGCUCAUAGAUUACAUCCUGGAUAAGGAUAGGUCCCAGGAUCUGGAGCAAGACCAGACAGGUCUGGACAGGAUGGUGGACAGCAUCGCUACCACCUGGGUCAACUGUUCCAACUUCAAGGUGGCUUUGCUUGGAAUAGACCUUUUAUCUGUCCUAGUGACAAGGUUACAGGACCGAUUUAGGAACCAUGUGGGAACAGUACUGCCCAGUCUGAUAGAUCGUCUGGGGGAUUCCAAAGACCAAGUCAGAGACCAAGAUCAAAUCCUGCUGCUGAAGAUCAUGGAGCAGGCUGCCACUCCACAGUACGUUUGGGACAGAAUGCUGGGAGGCUUCAAACACAAGAACAACAGGACCAGAGAGGGAGUGUGCCUUUGUCUCAUCUCAACACUCAACAUGUACGGAGCCCAAGGCUUAACCCUCAGUAAAAUAGUCCCUCACAUAUGCAAUCUACUAGGAGAUCCCACCAGUCAGGUGAGAGACGGAGCUAUGGGCUGCCUGGUGGAGAUCUACAGACAUGUGGGGGAGAGGGUGAGGAUGGACCUCAGCAAGAAGGGCCUACACCAGUCACGGUUGAAUGUAAUCUUCAGUAGAUUUGAUGAAGUCCAAAGAGCUGGGAACAUGAUCCCGUCCUCGGGUUCAGAUAAGAACUUUGAUGAUGAGGACUCUGUGGAUGGGGGCCGGUCCUGCUCCUCCGCAUCGUCCUCCAAGGCGCCCCCCAGCGGGAGGAGGACUGUAGCUGCAGCUUCUGUACGCAGGCCCAGCUCUGCCACCGGACCCGGCAAGAUCUCUGCUAAAGAUGCUGCUGCAGGAGCAGUAGAUGAGGAGGACUUCAUCAAGGCUUUUGAAGAGGUUCCUACUAUCCAGAUCCACUCCAACAGAGAGAUGGAGGACAACCUCUCCAAGGUCCGGGAGGUUCUGUCUGACGACAAAAACGACUGGGAGCACCGAGUCAUCGCUCUGAAGAAGGUGCGUUCUCUGCUCCUGGCUGGAGCGCUGGAGUAUGAGAGUUUCCCUCAGCAGCUCCGUCUGCUGGAGGCCCCUCUGAAGCUGUCGGCUAAAGACCUGAGGUCCCAGGUGGUACGAGAGGCCUGCAUCACACUGGGAUACUUGUCCACGCUAAUGGGCAACAAGUUUGACCACUGUGCAGAGACCCUGAUGCCCACACUGCUCAACCUGGUGCCCAACAGUGCCAAGGUGAUCGCCACGUCUGGCAUGGCAGCCAUACGUCUCAUCCUCAGGCAUACACACUACUCACGUCUCAUCCCAAUCAUCACUAGUAACUGCACGUCCAAAUCAGUGGCAGUCAGACGGCGCAGUUAUGAGUUCUUAGAGCUGUUAUUACUGGAGUGGCAGACACACACACUGGAGAGGCACGUGGCUAUUCUGACGGAGACCAUCAAGAAAGGGAUCCAUGAUGCCGACUCAGAGGCCAGGUCCGUGGCCAGAAAGUGUUAUUGGGGUUUCCAUGGCCACUACAGCAGAGAAGCGGAGCAUCUUUUCCAGGCCCUGGAGUCGACCUAUCAGAAGGCUCUCCAGUCUCACCUGAAAAGUUCUGACAGCGUUGUGUCCCUCCCCCAAUCAGACCGCUCAUCCUCCUCCUCUCAGGAGAGCCUCAACCGGCCCCUGUCUGUCAAGAGUGUCAUAGGAGGCGGCAUGACAAGGGGGAAGAUGGUGAGUUCCAGGGUGAACUCUAACCCCGGCGGUUCUCUUCAGCGUUCCCGUAGUGACGUCGACGUGAACGCUGCGGCCAGCGCCAAAUCCUGUCUGGUCACCGUGCCCUCCGCUUCUCCCUUCAGCUCAGCCGCUACUCUGCCCCCAGGCUCCUACGCCUCUCUAGGUCGUGUGCGUACGAGGAGGACAAGCGCUGGCAGUGCCGUCGGAGCCAGCGCUACUGUGACUGACAGCAGGGGGCGCAGCCGAGCCAAAAUGGUAUCCCAGUCCCAGCCUGGCAGUCGCUCCAGUUCCCCUGGAAAGCUUCUGGGCCACUCGUCUGGGUACGGGAGGAUCAGCAGGCCCCCCUCAGCCUCCAGCACCCCUGCAGACAAGAGGAGCAAGGUCCCCCGCAGCCAGGGCUGCAGUAGAGAUUCCUCUCCCAGCCGACUGGGACUAGCGAGGAGCCGUAUCCCCCGGCCCAGCAUGAGUCAGGGCUGCAGCAGGGAAACCUCUAGGGAAAGCAGCCGAGACACCAGCCCUGCUCGGGGUUUCAAGCCUCUUGCCUCCCGACGUACUUCCCGCUCUACCAGUGCCCUAUCCACGGCUGACCCCCACGGCCAGUCAGAUCGGUUUGGUUUGAUUCACCAGGACCGUAUCUCUGCCUCAGUAAAUGCCAUGAGAGUCCUCAACACUGGCACUGAGGUGGAGGCUGCUGUGGCUGAUGCACUGCUGUUAGGAGACUCCAGAAAUAAUAAGAGGAAGCCAAUGAGGCGGCGGUAUGAGUCUCCGGGUAUCUAUUCUGACGACGAUGCUAACAGCGACGCAUCCAGUGCAUGCUCAGAGCGCUCAUACGGGUCCAGGAACGGAGGUAUCCCUCACUACCUGCGUCAAACGGAGGAUGUGGCGGAGGUGCUAAACCACUGUGCCAGCUCCAACUGGUCAGAGAGGAAGGAGGGGCUGCUGGGUCUGCAGAACCUACUCAAGAACCAAAGAAUACUCAGCCGAGUGGAGCUGAAGAGACUAUGUGAGAUCUUCAGCAGGAUGUUUGCAGAUCCACACAGCAAGAGAGUGUUUAGUAUGUUUCUGGAGACUCUGUUGGACUUUAUCUUGGUGCAUAGAGAAGACCUGCAGGACUGGCUGUUUGUCCUGCUCACCCAGCUACUGAAGAAGAUGGGAGCUGACCUGCUGGGGUCUGUCCAGGCCAAGGUCCAGAAGGCUCUGGACAUCACCAGGGAGUCUUUUCCGUUUGAUCACCAGUUCAACAUCCUGAUGAGGUUCAUUGUUGACCAGACACAGACACCCAACCUCAAGGUGAAGGUGGCCAUUCUGAAGUACACAGAAUCACUGGCAAGACAGAUGGAUCCGACAGACUUUGUCAACUCCAGUGAAACCCGACUGGCUGUAUCUCGCAUCAUUACCUGGACCACAGAGCCCAAGAGCUCCGACGUCAGGAAGACCCUUCAUAACUGGGUGGUGGAGGAGCUAUCAGGCAGGUCCAGUACUGCCGCCUUACUGUCCCAGCAGGCCGGGGAGGGGCAACUGGAAGAGAGGUGUAAGCAGGCAGCCCAGGUUGUGCUGAUCUCUCUGUUUGAGCUGAACACUCCAGAGUUCACCAUGCUGCUGGGAGCCUUGCCCAAGACCUUCCAGGACGGGGCCACCAAGCUGCUUCAGAACCACCUGAAGAACUCCAGCAACACCAGCAGCGUGAGUUCUCCCAGCAACACUAUUGGGCGGACCCCAAGCCGGCACCCCCCAAGCCGGACCAGCCCUCUCACUUCCCCAACCAACUGCUCCCAUGGGGGGCUAUCUCCCAGUCGGUUGUGGGGUGGGUGUUGGAGUGGCGAUGGGCUACCUAAGCACCCCCCUCCCCCUCAUCCUCCUCCACCUCACUCCACCCCCGCCGGCCCCGCCCUCAGGGUCCUCCGCAGAGCGUACUCUCCCAGUAUGUUGGAGUAUGACACAGAGAACAUGAACUCUGAUGAGAUCUACAGCUCCCUGCGAGGGGUCACAGAGGCCAUCCAGAGCUUCAGCUACCGCAGCCAGGAGGACCUCAACGAGUUGAGAGGGAAGAGGGACGAUGCUGCGGGACGGGAAGGUGUGGCGCCCUCUCCAGGCUCUGAUGCCCGUCUGGGGCUGGAUGUGGUGGAGGGUGGGCGUACGGCCCUGGAUAACAAGACCUCCCUUCUCAACACCCCGUCCCCCCGCUCCUUCUCUGGGCCGCGAACCAGGGAGUUCGCCCCCUACGGAUACGGAGACACCAUCACCUCAUCCUACGACAAGAGCGCCCUGAAGGAGGCCGUGUUUGAUGACGACGUGGAGCAGUUUAGAGACUGCCGUCGGCAGGACAGCAGUGGUGAAAACAAGAUGGUGCUCUCUAAGGGCUUUGCUCCAGGUUCCCAGGACCACUCGGACCUGGUUGCAGACCUGCUGAAGGAACUGUCAAAUCACAAUGAACGCGUGGAGGAGCGUAAAGGGGCGUUGGUGGAGCUCCUGAAGAUCACCCGGGAGGACAGCCUGGCCGUGUGGGACGAACACUUCAAGACCAUCCUCCUACUGCUCCUGGAGACACUGGGGGAUAAAGACUACACUAUCCGGGCCAUGGCACUGAGGGUACUGAAGGAGAUACUGCGGAACCAGCCGGCCCGCUUCAAGAACUACGCUGAACUCACCAUCAUGAAGACCCUGGAGGCACACAAAGACUCCCACAAGGAGGUGGUAAGAGCAGCGGAGGAGUCUGCCUCCACCCUAGCCAGCUCCAUCCACCCAGAGCAGUGUAUCAAGGUGCUGUGUCCCAUCGUUCAGACGGCUGACUACCCCAUCAACCUGGCUGCCAUCAAGAUGCAGACCAAGGUGAUCGAACGCAUCACCAAGGAGUCCCUGCACCAGCUGCUGCCUGACAUCAUACCAGGACUACUGCAGGGCUAUGACAACACAGAGAGUAGUGUUCGCAAGGCCAGCGUGUUCUGUCUGGUGGCCAUCUACUCCGUGAUUGGAGAAGAGCUCAAACCACACCUGCAGCUACUCACGGGCAGCAAGAUGAAGCUGCUGAACUUGUACAUCAAGAGGGCUCAGACAACCAACAGCAACAGCAGCAGUUCCUCGGAUGUCUCUUCACACAGCUAGCUGUAGGAGCAGAGGGAGGGAAACACAGAUCCGUCUGCCUGUACUGUGCAUAUGAAUUAGGGGGGAAAGGUUGCUUCCCAAAUUGGCAUCCUUUUCCCUAUAUAGUGCACUACUGUUGUGCUCUGGCCAGAAGUAGUGCACUAUAUAGGGAAUAGGGUGCCAUUUGGGACAGAUUCAUAGUCGUGCCUCUUCCAGACCUCUCCAUUCCUGAUCUUUUCUUCUCUCCUUCACCCCACUGGACUCCUCUGGGUGACCCUAUGACCUGCUCAUCGCUCCAACCACCUCUUCACUUACUUUGCUCUUUUUUCCCCCAUGGAACUUGUACCUUCAUUUGUCUCGUCCCAUCGUUGUCG